UUUUUUUUUCCUUGUUCCCUUCGCUCUUCCCUUCUCGCCUCUCCAAGUCCUAAAGACCAUCCAAGAUUCUAAAGCCCUCCACAAAUACCCCCAAACCCCAAUCCUAACCCUAACCCUAAACCUAGCUCGCCCCCAAAACCGGCCAUGGAUUCCCUCACCGGAGCCACAACCUCCAUGCACGCCGAGGGAAUCCUCUUUUCCACCUUCCGCUCUACCUUCAAACCCUCCACCCCUCCCAAAGCCCUCCGUUUCCAGGCUCCGUUUCUCUCCAAAUCUAGGGUUUCCUGGGAUUCCAGGGUUAGGGCUUCAUCCAGUUCCAGCCCUCCGAAUCCCCUCGCCCGAACCAUCGGCUCCGCCGCCUCCGGCGCGCUCGUCCUCGCCGCCACCACGACGGCGCUCCUCGCCGGCAAGUUCUCCGCGCCGCCGCCGGCAAGGGCCGAACACUCCGCUCCGCUGGCGACCGAGGAGAGAACCGAGGCCACCGAAGUCGAGACAAAAAACGACUCCUCCACGCUCUCCCAAUAUCUGGAAUCCAACUCCGAGGCAGUGGGCGCCCUCCGGACCACCCUCUACAAGAAACUCGAGGAGGGAGAGGACUCCGAGGCCCUGGAGAUCCUCAAACGUUUGAUGGCCGCGCAGCCGGUUGAAACCGAGUGGAAGUUCCUCGCUGCCCGACUCCUCAACGAGAUGGGGGAGGCCGCCGAGUCCCGGAGGCUCUUCGAGGAGAUCCUUGCAGUGGAUCCUCUCUCCUUUGAGGCCCUCUUUGAGAACGCGGUGCUCAUGGACCGGUGUGGCGAGGGGAAUGCGGUGAUUGAACGGCUGGAGAGGGCUCUGGAUCUUGCGAGGGCCGAGCAGAAGGAGAAAGCGGCGAGGGACGUGCGUCUGAUCAUGGCCCAGAUACAAUUCUUGCAGAAGAAUGUUGAUGAGGCUCUAUCAACCUAUGAGGAGUUGGCCCGGCAGGACCCCAAGGACUACAGGCCGUACUUUUGCCAGGGGGUGAUUUAUAGCUUGUUGGAUCGGAACAAGGAAGCAAGGGAGAAGUUCUCAAAGUAUCAUGAGCUUUCGCCGAAGAAGUUUGAAGUGGAUGCCUACUUGCAGUCGCCUCUGUCGAGGGUGAAGCUCUUCGGGACUGGAGACUCUGAGAUUUGAAGUUAUAUUUUCUUUUGGCAUGCCGAGAAAUCAAAAAGAUGGAAUAAUUGGAGAGAGGUGAGCUUCUCCUGCUUGAGAAAUUGUUGUACGAUGAUGCCACAUUGUUUCAAAAAUUUUGCAGCGUGCAUGCUGUAAGGGCUAUAUAGGAUAUAAUAAUUCAGUAACUCUGUUCUGAAAGAUAUUACUCUUAUUUUGCCCUGUGAUGGUGAAUUCAAUACAUGAUGAAUCAUUUGGGCUUCGAA